AAUAGCAAUUAUAAUCUUCUAUGAAAGAUAAAGACAGAAAGUGCUGAAAUAGUGGGGACAGUGAUCUCUUUAACAUUGCUUUUGGAGUACUGUCUUCUUCUCCCAACGUGGACGGAACCAUUACGUUAAAGUGGUGUUUCUAAUUUAGAUCGAAUAAUUAUCAACCCCUUCCAAAAGUAUUUAUAGAGAAUCGAAGCAGAUGAAAUUGUUUUAUUUAUUAAUUGUUACUUGACAAAGUCGCUUAUACGGCUGAUUAAAACAGUUUCAGGCCUUCAAAAUGUCAGAACAGUUUAUUGGAUGUACCGUAUCAAUAAAAUGUAUUAAUCCAUUAGGAACGUAUCAAGGCCAGAUUGUGGAUCUUAAUAGAGACACAGUGAUCCUUACAAAAGCAUUUCGUAAUGGAAUACCAUAUCCAUCUCCUCUAGUUGUUUUAUUCGCAAAAGAUAUAUUAUAUGUAAAGAUCAUUUCAACUGAGGAAGUUGGAGCUAGCACUACAGAUGGGCAAUUGCAAAGUAAAGUAACCGUGAAAAGACCGAUAGCAAAGAGAGCUGAAAGAUCCGUAUCCGAUAGUAUUGCUCCAAUAGUACAACCUACAAGUAGUCAAGCCCAACCAAGUGCUAAGAAACAAGCAGAUGCACCGCCAGUCAAUUUGGAGCCCUGCUUUAAUGGUAAAAUUAAUUUAGGCGAAAGUGCUGCUAAGAAUACUUCAACUCAAAGGCGAUUAACAAAUAGACAGAAACGGCUUGAAAGAGAUGAACAUACAUUUGGUACUCCAAUUGAUCAAUCGUUAAGUCAAGAUUUUGACUUUGAAAAAAACUUGGCGCUAUUUGAUAAAGAGGCUAUUUGGCAAGAAAUUAAUUCUCUUAAGCCAGACAUUAUUCGACAGUCAGAAAACAAUCGAGGAACAACUGGAAAAUAUCGUCAUGAUGAAAACAUAAUCGAAGGGGAGCCAACAGAAUUCAGACAGAUAAUGGUGCCAUGUCCCGAUGCGAAAGAAUAUGUUACAGACGACGGUUUAGUUAUCCCCAGUAUUACAUUUGACCUUCAUCGUCGUUUAAUUGGUGCCGCUGAUAGGCUCGGAAUCAGUUGGGAACGCAGGGUGGAGCUGCUUGGUCGUGCCGGGUCUGAAAUCAUCCUUCAGUUGUUGGGUGGUGCUCAUCGAUUCAAUCCAAACAAUGCACACCAAUGGCCAACAGUAGUGGCGCUUUGUGGGCCUCAUCGAUCUGGAGCAGCUGGUGUUAACUGUUCCCGUCAACUCUCUAGUCAUGGUGUGAAAACAAUAGUUUACAUUGAAAAUUCAGAAGACGUUUCCUUACUUCAAGAACUGACCCUGUAUAAGCUGACCGGUAACAAAGUAGAGACAAAAGUUAAAAAUUUACCCGUUGUCGUGGACCUAAUUCUUGUUGCUCUUUGUGAAGAAAGCUCACCAAAGAUGGUGAGUCCUAUAGCUAAAUGGGCUAACAACAAUAGAGCUCCAAUUCUAGCAAUCGAACCGCCAGCUCUGGGUACACCUGGUAUUUUAAGUAAAUUUAGUUUAUUGGGCGGUUUGCCGUUGUCUCACAGUGCAGAGAAUGGUAGGUUAUAUCUCUGCAACCUUGCUCUACCUAACAAAGUCUUUUCAGAUGUUGGAAUUACGUACAAAUCCCCUUUUGGACCAAAGUUUGUAAUUCCUUUGCAUUCAAACAACUCCUAGCAAAUUCCAAUAGGGUAUGUCACUUCUAUUGGGAUUCUUUAAUAUUGCACACGUACAAUGUGUUAUUUAUAAUGGAUGCAUGCAAAUGGUGUAAUAUUUUCAGCAGGAGUUAAUGCAGAUUAAAUGAGAGCGCAUUGUACGACAUUCCAUGUAUCGUAUUUAUAAAUCGCGGUAAUGAAAUUAACGAGGGGUCUGCUAAGUCCUUAAACAUUCAGACUUCAGGUCGAUAAAGCAAAAGUCGCGAUUAUAGUUGCAAAUUUUUCUGAACAUCUGCCGUCUUUUGUAACAGGUAAAUUAUAUUAAUUGAAAUACGUGCUGGUUUUAUGAAUAAAACAGUGUAAAUAUCAGAUCCAUAAGUACAUACAUACAUAAAACUUGAGAAAUUUAGAAAAAUCUGCUACCUAUGCAUACAGUAGUUUGGUAUUAAAUACGAAGUUUAAUUAUUGUCAUAGCAGGUUUCUAUAAAAUCAAUGAUCUGCAAUAACCCGGCAUGGUUGUGGCGAUUUAUAAAAAAGUUUAACCAAUUACAACUGCUAUGCUUUUGUUUCACUACUCAAAAUUAUGGUUAUUUAACUGACUGAGAAUAUCGAGCACUUAAAUUUAGUAAAUUGUAAGCAAUAUAUAAGACUGGUAAUUCAAUCUUGUUGUGAAUGUUUUAUCUUUUCGGAGGAUUUCAUUUCAAAAUGCUAAAGUUCUUAUUCAGUUUUCUAACUUACCUUGAUUUAUUCUAGGAAAUAUAAUUACUUGUAUGAGCGUGAUUGAAAUGAUAGUGAAUGCAAAUCAAAUAUGGUAAAUGCUUAAUGUCCCAUUUGCAAUUGCGUAACUAUUUAUCUUGAAACUUUAAAGAAUGUUCUUAGACACUAAUGACGAAUCUGUUCCAAAAACUGAAUUAUUCCUCUGAGGGAGAGGGAGGGGGUAAUGACAAUAGCCUAACAUUAUAUUUAAUAAAACUUGUCCGAUUUAUGUACUUCUUGCGAGCAGUCAGAUUUAUACGAAGUCUACUUUUUUUAAUCAUGUAACUGAUACUGUUAUGUUGAACAGCUGCUAUGUGUAAUUAUCUUGUGUGUAUAAUGUUUACAGAAUCAUGUUACGAGUUAAGAGUAAUUAAUUUAAUGUAUUGUUAGAAUUCCUUUUUCAUCAAAAUUUUGAAGAGUUCAAUCAAUGCAAAAAAUGCACGCCUAUGGAACAAUUAUUAUGACGGUAAGAGCCAACAUUAAAGUUUGGAAAAAAACAGUGAUUUUGGCUUUUGCCGUUACUUUUCCUUUUCGUGUUUUAAUACUAUUCACAUGGACAUUAUAUAUUAAGAUUCUGAAAUUGUUUGUAAGUUGUGUUUCUUUUUCUUGUGUAUGUAUAAUUAAUAGAUCACAUUAUUGUUCUUGGAUCGUAGAAACCACUAUCAGUCAGUAUUAUUGUUCUACAAUGAUAUUAAGUAAUGAUCUGCCGAAUAGAAUACGAUAGGAUAUUGUGAAGGAAACAGGCUAACAAAUUUUUCUUUAAUGGAAGGUAUUCAUCUGAAUUCCAGACGUGCUGUAUAACUGACAGUUUUGCUAAAAUUAACUUUGUAUUCUACACAUAGGUGAAAGUUGCGCAAAAUAUGGCUGAUGAUUUAAACAAUGAUUUAUCCUUCAAAAAUGAAUAUGAAAGUUCCAGUCUUUCCUGAUAGGUAGGAUUUUACUGUCAAAUAAGAUGAAUAUGUUAAACAUUUUGUAAAUAAUGGUAAGAUUUUAUUAGAUAACUAAUUUUGGCUGAAUUCUAUUUUAUACAGUAUAGCUCCUUAAUUUUAAUAAUUGUAAUUUAUUCAUAUUUUACUAUAAUUGUAUAUCUAUGGGACAUUAGUACACUUCAAGUUAGCAAUCAAAUUGUAUUAAUCAUAAUUAAUUAUAUUCUAUUAUUUUGAACGAA